UAGUCUAAGUCACGCGUACAAGAUUGUAAGCUAGUAGACUUAUUCGUGUUAUAAUUUCAAAAGUAAUUGACUGUUGGUUCAGUGAGUCUUAUACACUUACGCGUUGCGGUCAUGAGUCAAGUGACGUUCACAGUUAACGGAUCUCCUCAGUGCGUUGGUUCUGAAGUCAGUUCCACCACCACCCUGCUGGACUACCUCCGCAAUACUCUGAACCUGCGCGGCACCAAGUAUAUGUGUUUGGAAGGUGGCUGCGGAGCAUGCAUCGUUAGCGCCACAAAAUGCCAUGGAGACACCCCUCAAGGGGUCAACUCAUGCAUGGUCUCAAUAACAUCAUGCCAGGACUGGGAUAUACAGACGAUCGAGAAGGUGGGGAACCGUUUGGACGGGUACCACCCGCUGCAGAAAACCCUCGCCGAGAACAAUGGCUCGCAGUGUGGCUACUGCUCCCCGGGGAUGGUCAUGAAUAUGUACAGUCUUAUGAAGACAAGACGGUUGACGAUGCUCGAAAUAGAGAAGUCCUUAGCCAGCAAUGUAUGCAGGUGCACAGGUUAUAGACCAAUAUUAGACGCUUUCAAGAAAUUCGCUUCCGAUGCGCCGAACACUUUAGACAUAAAAGAUAUCGAAGAUUUAAAAAUAUGUGAAAAAGGAAACUGUUCAGAAGAUUGCGAUGAUUAUGACUGGUGUGUUGUGCCAAGACAUGAAGUCAUCAGUGAAACGUUGCACAUAAGACUACGUGACAACAGAGAUUGGUUCAGAGUAUAUACGUUAACUGAUAUUUUCAUUAUUUGGCAAUCAAAAGGUGCUCAGUCAUAUAUGCUUGUAGCUGGCAAUACAGGGAAAGGUGUAUAUCCGAUUUUGGAAUAUCCGAAAAUAUUGAUAGAUGUUAGCUUUGUGUCAGAGUUGAAAAGUUACUACAUGGAUCAGAACCUUGUGAUAGGUGCUGGCAACACACUCACAGAUCUCAUAAACAUACUAGAAAUAGUUGGAAAUGCUGACAACUUCAAUUACCUCAAAGUGAUCAACCAACAUUUGGCGCUCGUUGCUCAUGUCACAGUCAGAAAUCUCGGAACUGUCGCCGGCAAUUUGAUGCUGAAGCAUCGUUAUCGUGAUUUUAAAUCUGAUAUAUUUCUUCUUCUAGAGACUGUCGGUGCUCAGUUGAGAGUCAUGAUAGCACCGGGACGGCAUAAGUUUCUGACGAUGCAAGGCUUCCUGCAAGAGGAUAUGACGAGAAAGAUAAUUGUUAGCGUAUUACUGCCACCGUAUACUAAUGACCACAAAUUAGUAACUUAUAAGAUAAUGCCUAGAGCCCAAAACGCCCAUGCCCUGAUUCACGCUGGAUUUAUUUAUAGAUUGGAUUCAUCAAACAGAGUCAUAGGAUGUCGUAUAGUCUACGGUGGCCUUUCCCCCACAUUCAUUCGGGCGUAUAAUACUGAAAAGUAUUUAUAUGGCAAGAAUCUCUUUACUAACGAAACCCUGCGCGGUGCAAUAAAUGCAUUAAAAAAUGAAAUGGUUGUAACAGAGAGUUUACCAGACCCACCUGUUGAAUAUAGACGAAAAGUUGCUUUAGGCUUAUUUUAUAAGGGUCUCUUGUCAUUAAUGCCACCGAGCAUAAUACUCAGCUCUCGCAUAGCAUCUGGAGCUGUCAAGUUGAACGAGACGAGGCCGGUGUCGGAGGGCCGACAGAUAUUCGACACUAACCCGACGCUGUGGCCGCUGAACAAACCAAUACCUAAACUAGAAGCAUUGAUCCAAUGUGCCGGAGAAACAACGUACACUGAAGACUUACCGACGCUGCCAAAAGAAGUAUUUGCUGCGUUUACUUUAACUACUGUAGCUUUGGGUACUAUUGAUAAAAUAGAUAUCAGUAAAGCUUUGAAAGAACCUGGAGUGAUUGCGUUCUAUACAGCGGCCGACAUACCUGGAGUCAACAGUUUCACACCAGCCGUGAACCUCUUCAACUCGUCCAAUGAAGAGUUCCUGUGUGAUGGACAAGUUAAAUAUUAUAAUCAACCAUACGGUAUUAUUGUAGCUGAAACUCAAAGCAUAGCACAAAAAGCGGCUAGUUUAGUACAAGUGACAUAUUCAAAUGUCAAAAAGCCAGUAACCGAUAUAAAAGUGUCAAAAAAGGAUCCUAGUAAAGCAACCCUAUUCAAAACAAAAGAAGCUACAAGAACGGGAACCGAAGUAACUAACACAAUAAAAGGAGAAAACUCAUUCUAUUGGCAAUAUCACUUUAGUAUGGAGACAUUAGUAUGUGUGACACAUCCGACAGAAGAAGGCCUAAAAGUAUAUUCAGCGACUCAAUGGAUACAUGCGGUGCAAACAAUGGUCCAGAGGGUGCUAAAGUUAAAUCAAAGCAGUGUGGACGUAUUCGUAAGAAGACUUGGUGGCAGUUACGGCUACAAAUUGUCUCGUGUUACUCAAGUGUCUGUCGCGUGUAGUUUGGUCAGUCACAAACUUAAUCGCCCUUGUCGGUUCAUACAAUCCCUUACCAAUAACAUGAGAGCAGUGGGAAAAAGGGAACCAUGCUCUGCAAACUUUGAGAUUAGAGUAAACAAAAAAGGAGUCAUUCAAUACGUAGAUUAUGAGUUCUACCUUGACAAUGGUUACACUGUCAACGAACUUGUUAUUAUGAUAGGCUUUGAUGUAUUCAAUAACUGUUACAAUAACGAUACAUGGAAUUACAAGGCCUACAAUGCUCUUACUGAUACUCCAUCAAACACUUGGUGCCGGUCUCCAGGUACUCUAGCAAACAUAGCUAUGGCUGAAAUAAUUCUAGAAAGGAUAUGUUAUGAAUUAGACCUGGAUCCAUUCGAGGUUCGUUUAGCAAACCUGGAUACUGUGAAUUACAAUGAUUUGCUAGAAAUGGCAGAAACAAUCAAAACUAGCUCGCAGUACGCCGAGAGGAAAGCAGCAGUAAAAAAGUUCAAUUCAGAGAAUAGAUGGAAAAAACGUGGUUUAAGACCUAGUUUUCUUAGAUGGACGCCAUUCGGCUAUCAGUACUUUGAAGUCAAUAUGUCCGUGUAUAACGAUGAUGGUACAGUAGUUAUCACACCAGCUGGGGUUGAAAUGGGUCAAGGGGUAAACACCAAAGCUACGCAGGUGUGUGCGUAUUUUCUCAAAAUACCUUUGGAAAAGAUUCAAAUAAAACCAAAUGAUACUAUUAAUGCACCUAACGGUUUUCCAUCUGGCGGUAGUUUAACUUCGCAAAACGUUAGUAUCGGUAUUCGAAGAUGCUGUGAAGAAUUGCUUCGAAGAUUAGAACCAGUUAGAAGUCAGUUGACUGAUCCCACUUGGGAAGAAUUAAUAAAGAAAGCUUACGAAAUGGAGGUAGAUUUACAAGUUCACAGUUUAGUUAAUUCUAAAGAUGUUCAAAAUUAUCACAUUUAUGGGAUCGCUUUAGCUGAAGUCGAAGUGGACGGUCUUACAGGAGAAUGGCAAUUCAUUAGAGCUGAUAUACAUGAAGACACAGGUCGUAGUGUUAACCCUGAACUUGAUGUUGGCCAAGUUGAAGGCGGUUUCAUCAUGGGAUGUGGUUAUUGGACUUAUGAAAAUUUGGUAUACGAGCCCAACAGUGGGGAACUGUUGACUAAUCGAACGUGGGAAUACUGGGUGCCUCAAGCCAGAGACAUCCCACAGGACUUCCGUGUUAGCUUCAGGAAACGGUCUUAUAGUACAGAACUUAUCCUUGGAGCAAAAGGCGUUGGCGAACCAGCAACGUGUAUGGGUAUUGUGGUGUCCUUUGCACUGAGGGCAGCCAUUGCAGCAAUGAGACUCGAAUCUGGCAUACCUACUAAGCAGUGGUUCCAAUUAGACGGCCCGUUCACCGUCGACAAGAUUGCCGUCGCUUGCGCUGUCAAUGCCGACGAUUUCAAGUUCUACUGAUAAAAAAGUCUACCAAUAAAAACCGUUUUAAAAAAUAAA